CGUCCAAGGACCUACCCCAGCAGCGAGCGAGCAAAAGAAGAUGUCCUCACAACCACACGCACGAGGCGGCCGCGGAGGAGGAGGAGGGCGCGGCGAAUAUCGCGGCAGGGGCGGUGGGCGAGGCGGCCACGCGGAAGGACGAGGAGGAGGUGCGCAGGCUGGAGGGGAGAGGGAAAGGCCCAAGAAGGAGAAUAUUUUGGAUUUGGGCAAGUAUAUGGACAAGCGGAUUACGGUCAAGUUUACCGGUGGUCGUGAGGUGACGGGCACCUUAAAAGGAUACGAUGCGCUCAUGAAUCUGGUGCUGGAUGAUGUUUCCGAGGUUCUUCGUGACGAUGAAGGCAACGAAUCCUCGAGAACAUUAGGCUUGGUAGUAGCGAGGGGAACAUUACUGGUACUUGUCAGCCCAGUGGAUGGGAGUGAGGAAAUUGCAAACCCGUUUGCGCAGCAAGAGGAAUGAUCAGGAAUGCAUCAGGAUUGAGAUUGGGAAAGUAUGCUGCGCGAGGAAUUGGGGGACGUCCGUGGGUGGAGAAAAUCAGCCGCGGGCUAUCAUUGCCGGGAUGCACUUGAUACUACGUGAUGGCAUAUGGAACUGCACAUCUGGC